AUGACUAAUUCUAGAACUCCUCUUGGAGCUUUGGAGCUAUUACAGCAAUAUAAUGACCACAGACUGCAGAAAGAUAAGGUCAUUGAAUACAUUGAAGAUAAUGUCAUUGAACCAGACCAAACACCUUCUUAUGAUGCGUUAGUGGAAGAGAACAAAGAAUUGAAAAAAAAAUUGAAAGACCAAAAGAAUGAUAUAGAUAGACUGAACCAAUACAUAGAGGACCUUGAAGACAAGUUGCAGAAAAACAAUGCUGUAACUUUGAUACACAAUGAUACCGAUACGGUAUUGCUAAAUACUAGCAAUCAAUUGUCAAAACCUAUUCCAACAAGGUCAAACAAUAGAACAACUAAUAGAAAAAUAUUAAAUUCAAGCGUUACACCACUAAAAUUAAAUGAAUCAGAUGACGUUAAACAUUCAUUAACAAGUAAUUUUGACAUCGAGAACACAAUAGAUAGUGCAUUGGAUGAUAUGUCACCAGAUCCUACUAGAUUGCAUAAAACUCAUGAUAAUAUAAACUUAUCAUCACCAAAUAUUACAGGUUCCAAUAAAUCAAGUUCCUCUGUAUUAUCUGCAUCAGAACAGUCAUUGAAAUUGACAAAAGGCGAAAUAUCUCCAUUGAGGCCACGUUCUCCAAUGAGAGAUAGACUAGAGUCUCCACAAAGGGCUAAUCGUGUCACAGCUGUGAUAAAUAAUCAUAUACAUUCUCCAUUAACUGAAAUUUUCUCCACCGAAACAGAUAUAUCCUUUUUUGAUCAAUCAAAGUUAAAAUUUUUUAAUGAUACUUCUAAAACUUCUUUGGAUCAGUUGAAAAAGUCUGAAUUGACUAACAAUUCUGAGUUUUCACCUUCGUCCAAAGCCAAGAUCAAUGAUUUCACAGAACUAUUGGAUCAUUCAUUUUUAACGGGGUCUACAGAUCUAAAAUUUUCAAAUCCUUUAUCAAUCGAUGACAAGAAAGUAGAUGGCUUAGUAAAAACAUCACCAACAGCUGCACAUCUGAAUACAGACGCAAAAUUAAGCUCACCCGUGAUAUUAAGUAAACCAACAGAUUUUAAAAGAGAUAUUGGACAACAAUUUUUAUCUAUUCCUUCAAUAGAAGAUAAAGCUUAUGAUACAAAUACUAAUAAAAAUCGUGCCAGCCCAUUAUUAUCUUCUAAGAUGUCAAGAUCACCAAGUCUCAAGAGUUUGAAUGGAGAUAAUAUCCCAAGUGUCAAAAGCCCUGCAGAAUCAAAUCACAUCCCAUUAUUUGUUGAACCACAAGACUUUGGUACUAUUAAACUUACUGCAAUUAGUACAUUAUAUAUAGAUCAGCUUAGUUCAUCUAAGGAACGAUUGGUUUUGAUUAGUGUUGUUGAUCGUAACACGGAUAAAGAAAUUUUUAGGUUUGCCAAAUCAUUCUAUAAAAUAUUUGAAUUAAAUAAUCAAUUGAGAUCUAUGUCGGGGGAAUAUUCACUUCCUCCCUUACCGGAUAAUAGCCUUUUUGAUACCUUGACUCCAUUAAAGGUUUAUUCGAGAUUGGCAAAAAUUAAUGCUUAUUUGUCCAGUUUAUUCAACAUCCCAACCUUUUCCGGUGAAAUUGGACUGUUAAUUGCAAGAUUUAUUAGCACAGACACAGUAAUCAACCCUGAAAGUUUGCAUGAUUCCUCUAAAGAAGGCUACUUGCUAACUAGAAGACAAAAAACAUUAAGCUCAACUCAACCAUGGAAAGUAAAUUAUGCAGUUUUGCAUGAUAAUAUAUUGGAUUUGCUUGAAGACUCGACUAUAAAAGAAUCUACUAAUAUUAAUAAUACCACUAUUGAAUCGAUACAUGCCUCUCAAGACAAUAAAUAUGGAACAAUUCAUGGUUUUCAAAUCGUUGAACAUAAGGGUGGGUUAUCUUCAAAUAAUAAGUACUAUAUGUGUGCUGAAACCGCAGCUGAAAAAUCAGAAUGGAUAAAUAUAUUAGAUUCAGUUAGUAACAAAUCUCAAUCGAAAUCUUCUCAAAGUUCUACGAUUGAUCAAGCUUCGCUUGCUGAUUCAUUUGAAGAAAAGACUAAAAUUCCAUUAAACUCACAUAGCCCAAUAUCUCCAUCAAAAAGUCCAGAGCAGUGUGAUAGAAAGGAGCAGAAAAAGGGGAAACGUAGUUUCUUUCCAUUUAAGAGGUCAAUGGGAAUUUUAAGUCCAUCUCCUGGAUCCGAAGAAGCUCUGCCAACAGAAAGUGAUGAAAUAAAUUAUUUCAUCUCUAACCCAAUCACUUCCUCCCAUAAUUUUACUAGAUCUAAAGGAAUCUUUGGAUUACCUAUCGAAGAAGCAGUUAAGCUAUCAUCACACAAACUUCAGAAUAAAUAUGAAAUUCCUAGUAUCGUUUAUCGAUGCUUGGAAUUUAUAUAUACAAAAGGUGGUUUACAAGAACAAGGUAUAUUUAGAUUGAGUGGGUCUUCUGCAUUGGUAAGGAUAUUACAAGAUAAAUUUAAUACAGAUCAUGAUAUCAAUCUUUGUACAUAUUUGGAGGAAAGUGAGUCGACAACAUCGAAUAUAGUAGAUGUGAAUACAGCAGCUAGUUUAUUAAAACUUUAUCUCCGUAAUUUGCCACACUUAAUAUUUGGUGAUGAGUUUUAUUCAUCUUUCAAAAACGCUGCUGAAUCUAGUAAUAGCCCUUCUUUAGUAGCCUUGGAAUUUAAGAAAUUAAUCCAAAGUCCUUCAAUGUCUAAUUCAAAGGUGGCGUUGAUGUAUGCAUUAUUCGAAUUAUUAAAGAAGACGAGUGAAAAUAAUAAGAUCAAUAAAAUGAACUUGAAAAACAUUUGCAUUGUAUUUUCUCCUACUCUUAAUAUUCCGAUAGACAUACUUCAACCAUUCAUAGUUGAUUUUGAUUGUAUAUUUAAAGAUGGGAAACCUAUAUCUGACAACGAAAGAGUACUUAUAGAUGUGGAUAUUCCGCAAUUAUCUUAA